CUAGCAUUUUAAAACGACAGGCAUCAGGUCACAUUGGGCUCUAAAUUAUUUUAGUAUUCGAAAGGCUUCUAUUUUCAAACUUUUACAAAUGUCAACGAUUGGAAUCGAUGGCCCAAGUGCGGGAAUGCUGUUCCCUCUGACGGACCGACAGCUAUCGGAGUGGCGCUUCGACUUCUACGGGUCACCGAGGAACCGGCUAGCCCAAAAUGUAUGCACGGCCCGUAACCCGAUAAACGCCUGCCUCAGAUCUGCGGCGGAAUUGAGCACGGUGCUUGACGGAGACAAGAAAUGGUACGAGGUUAAUGCAACGGGGAAGGCCGCAACCGGCGGACCUGGAUGGAUAUGCACUGGCUUGGACCUGUUGCGCUUGGAAUUUGUCAAGAACUUUCCGGUGCCGGUGGAUUUUGAGUUUUCCACGGGGCAUUUGGUCUUUUGGCACAAACUGGAACGUUGCAACUAUUUUUUGUGCACCGCGUCGGAUCUCCUCGAACGGUGUGAGCCCCUGGACGGACGCAACUUCCGGCAUCUGAUGAAGCACGCGAUACCCGAUGGCGGCAACUGGCAAAUGUUCGUGAAUUUGGUGAGAAAGCACGGUGUGAUGCCGAAAUCGUGCUACUUAACUUCUAAGCCAAAGUCUGGCGCCCAGUUGAACAAAAUUCUGAGGAGCAAGCUCCAUGAGUACGCCAGUUUACUGCAUGCCCGGUAUACUUUCGAUGGAGAUGGCACUCAAUUGCCAAAGCUCAUUGGAAGGAUGAUGGCCAGGCUGUAUAAAGUGGUGACCAUUUGCCUUGGUGAGCCGCCCGAGGAGUUCCACUGGACUUACUACGAUCAGAAGAAGCGUUUCCAAAGCCUGCAACACCUCACUGCUCUGCACUUUUACGAGAUGAUGGUGGCCAAAUAUACCAAUCUCACUGAAUUCGUUUGCCUGGGUCACGACCCCCGUGUGUCCUCCGGUUAUCACAAAAACUUCGAAGUGGCCCACAGCUCCAACAUGGUUGAUGGUCUGACCCACCGAUUCAACAACCAACCUAUGGAGGUGCUGUUGCAGAUCUUGACAGACUCCUUGGCCGGAGACAAGGCUGUUUGGCUGACCUGUGACCUUUGUCCGAAAUUUUCUGCAAGGCGCGAGACCCUAAGCCUAAUACAGAAAACCCAUAACUUCAGCGUUCUUUUUGGCCUGGACGUGGGUAAUUCUUUUAGUAAGGCCGACAGAAUGGUCUAUAAGGAGUCACGUCCAGACGCAGCGCUCCUGCUAACCGCUGUUGGAGUGAAUUCUAUCAAUGAUCCGGUGGAAUUCCGCACCAUUAGUGCCUCAGUGGCGGGCAAGACUGAAUCCACUAUAAGCCUUCACGAGGAUGGUGACGAUGACGUGAAGGAGGAAAAGGACAAAAAGGAUAAGGAAGGGGAUGCGGUGAAGAAGAAAGCCAAAAAGACUAAGGCAGCCACCGUCGAUGCGGACUGGUUACGGGAAUACGGCUUCGAGAUUGUUGUACACGAAAGUUUUGUUCCGGUCGGUAUUUUAAAUUCCAGUCGAUUCCCCAAACACACAACGCUGCCCCCAUGGGACCCUAUGGGCUCACUUCUAGGAUGAUAUAGACAGGAUAUACAUUGAAAAGCCCUAUUUAAUUAACCAUCCUUUGGUGAUCCUUUUGACGAAUUGGAAAAAUAAUUGGACAUAUGUUGUUUAUGAAUUUGUGAUCUUAAUGAUAAAUAUACUUUUAACAGAUAUAACUUUUUUCAGAC